GCAACCUGCACGAAGUUCCGCAGAGCAUUUGCAGCGCUUUCGCCCUUCCGACUUCAGAUCAUGAAGGGCGUCGUGCGUGCACUGGAGCGGAGCAGCUGGCAGUUGCGCAAAACGGUCACUGAACUGGUUUACAACAUUUUCCAUGGCUUCGCAAUCACUCUGAACGAGGAGGGCUUUGGGCAAGGCGUCCUGGCAGCCAGCGGCUAUGAAGAGAUCGCCGCAGACACUGCCCUGCCCAACAUCAAGUGGCCGUCCAGCCUGUACCACAUCGCCCAUCGUCUAGCCCAUCCUUAG